UGUGUCGCGUGUUGGUGUAUCCUGUAGAUUGGUAUGGGUGGGAAAUAAGUGUCUGCGCGUGUGUGCAUUACGGUGAAAGCAAAGUAGUGUGUGGGUGACUGAGUGAAGUGCCCGUGUGUAUGCAUGAACGCGUGUGUAUGCCAUGCUGAGCGAGAAGUCAUUUGUGUGUAAUGGUAAGUGUGUGUGCAUGUGUGCGCGCACGUGAUUGCGCGCAUGAAUGUGUGUGUGUGUGUGUGGUGCUGAUGAUGAAGCAGGUGGACUGCGCAUCAGAGCUGUCGGCAGUGAUUGUAAAUGCAAUCUCGCGCGUGUGUGUACGCGCGGUUCUCCGAAGACCCUCCCAUCCGACAUACGCACACACAUUCUUCCGCACACUCACAUUCCUGGAGGAUUCCUUCAUUUCUUUAUUUGUGCUGCUUUGGAUGCUCCCUUCUCCUCCUCCUCCUCUUCCUUGUUUCCUCCUCUCUCUCUCUCUCUCUCUCUCUCUCGCUCUCUCAUUCUCAGUCGACUUUCCAUUUUUUUUCCCUCCCAUCUUCCAAUCGGGUGUGCGGCAUCUCGUCAGCUCCGCGACCCUCCGACACUGCUUCUUCAUCCCGUCGUGAGGUCGAAGCACCAGCAGAGAGUCCAGCGACGCAACCUCAGCUCGACCAUUUUUACCUGUACAUGGAGACCCCCAGCUGGGCAGGUAACGCGUUGUGCAAGUCGGGAAGCAUCGGCGUCUUUGGGAACGUGGUAUACAGCGGACUGCUCAACGAGCACUUGUGGCAUCUGGGAGUGCCGCUCUUCACGAGACUGGGUAACCAAGAGGCCGCCAACCCCCCGGACGCCAUGACCCAGCCCUACACCGCGGCCCAGUACCCCCCGCCCCCACAGAACGGCAUCCCCGCCGAGUUCGCCGCGCCGCACCCCCUCCCCACGCCCGACUACAGCGGGCAAAGCCGCGUGGCCGAACACGCCAUGACGCUGUAUACACCCACGCCCACGCACAGCGAGCCGGCGCCGGGCACCGACAGCAGCACCCCCAGCAUCGCCGCCCCCGCGUCCGUACCGGUCAGUGUCGCUCAGCACCUGCAAACACUCUUCUCCACUGGCCACCAGCAAACAGACGAUGUGACGCAAACGGACGCCUCGCAGCACUCAGACUCGUCAGAGAAGCAACAGCCCAAGCGGUUACACGUGUCCAACAUUCCCUUCCGCUUCCGGGACCCAGACCUGAGGCAAAUGUUUGGGCAAUUUGGAAAGAUCUUAGACGUGGAGAUUAUCUUUAACGAGCGAGGAUCCAAGGGCUUCGGCUUUGUAACCUUCGAAACGAGCAUGGACGCCGACCGCGCACGGGAGAAACUAAACGGUACAAUCGUAGAGGGACGCAAGAUCGAGGUGAACAACGCCACAGCGCGAGUAAUGACCAACAAGAAAGUGGCCAACCCCUACACCAACGGUUGGAAGUUGAACCCGGUGGUGGGCGCCGUCUACGGUCCCGAGCUCUACGCCGUAACGGGCUUCCCGUACCCCGCCACGGGCACCGCCGUGGCCUACAGGGGGACCCACUUGCGAGGUCGGGGGCGAGCAGUCUACAACACCUUUCGCACGGCCCCUCCGCCGCCGCCCAUCCCGGCUUAUGGAGCGGUGGUGUACCAGGACGGCUUCUAUGGUGCCGAGAUCUACGGUGGCUACGCAGCGUACAGAUUCGCCCAGCCCACCACCACCGCCGCCUACAGCGACAGCUACGGCAGAGUCUAUGCAACGGCCGACCCCUACCACCACACGAUCGGCCCCGCCGCCGCGUACAGCGUGGGAACCAUGUAAAUACGAAACGUCGGGAAGAGGAAGCAGCGCUCGGCACGGUUGGACGUCGCAGACAAGAGGAGGCGGAGCAACUUUUGCGUAAGGACGGGAGGGAGGCGAACAAACCGGCGGCGGUAUCGACGGCCACCUCCCCCACCCACCACGGACCGACCGUCUCUUCCGAGGCGGCCGGCCGACCGGCCAGGAAGAAACAGACAAAGAAAAGCGUUUGGAUGAGUGGCGUCCCGUUACUGAAAAACAUUUUAUUUUUCUAUACUUUUGUCACGUGUGUGUAUAAAGGUGUAUAAUAUAUAUAUAUAUAUGUACAAAUAUGUCUUUUUAUGUUUUGCGGGGGAGUUCAGAACAGGCGGCCGGAUGCGGCGGAGGAGGGAGAACCUGCGCCUCCUCUUCUCUUCCUCCUCCGCCACCUCCUUUAAUUCCUUCUUCCCCGUGGACGCUGUCGUGAUGUCACUUCCUGUCGGCAGCACCCGUCCCCCCUCCCGGCCCCCACACACCCUCCCCUUUGGUUUACAAUGCCCCCGGGUGGCGGAAGUUUAUCAAAGACUGGAAAAUCAGUCUUCGGCGAGUCGGGAGGUUGGCGGACGUACGUCGAGACUUCCAAGAGGACAUCUCCACUGGCGGCGUCCAUCUGACAAGGGCAAAAUUAAGCCAGAGGCUGCGUCCACACGUACGCGCAGAAAUUAGACCAAGCGCUAAUUUUUACACCCUUUCUUACACAUGCAAUCAUUUGGGGUUUUUUUGCCUUAAAAAAGUCUACAUUAAUUCGCAUUUGUUACUUUUUUCCGAGAAUUUAAAAAAUAUAUAUAUUCUAAAUAAAUCAAAAAUAAAGUGAAAGAGUGAGUUUUUCAUACAAUAAAUGUUAAGUAAUUGUCGUGAGUAAUUAUUUAAUUUUGGUGGGUUAAGUGGGUUAAUCGUAAGAAAUUAAAUAAAUGUUCUAUUUUUUUAAUACAGAUUUAGUCUUAAAAGUCUUAAAAUUAAAAUUUUUGAAGUUUUUUUUUUUUUUGGUCAAGGAUGUAAUGAUUUUGGUCAACUCCUGAAAUUUAUUUUACACAACUUUUUUUGUUGUCUUGAAUGACUACAGUUUAUUUGCGUAAUAUUACAAAAAAAUGCUUUAAUUCACAGAGAAAAAAAAUCCAAGAAAUUCCUGUUCUAAACAUUUUGCUAAAUACUUUUUUUUUAAAAACGUUUUUUUGGUUUAUUAAAUGAAACUACAACUCUAUUAUAAAAUAAUUGUUUUUCAAUUGUAAUUUAAAAAAAAGUUUCUUUCAAGAAAUGAACUUGUUUUCAAGAUUUUUGGGAGGGCAGAAAUACUUUUCAGAAAAAAAAAAUCUUGACAAAGUUGAAUUUUUGGGGUGAAAACUACUCUUUUUAAAAAAUAAUCUCUAAGAUAUACAACUUUGUUUAUAAAAACAUCUAUACAUGUGUAAUUUCUCAAAAAUAUGCAAAUUUACUAACUGUACAUCUUUUUUUUAAUUUUUACCCUGAAUUUCUUUUCUAACCAGUGUACUCCUGGUGUGAGUAAUUUGACUUUUUGUUUGUUUGUUUGUUUGUUUGGUUGGUUUUUUUUUUUUUUGAAGCUCUAAAGAUUUGUGGCUUGUAAAAUUAUUGGACGCGUACAUGUGGACGUAGCCCCCGCCAGUGGCGAUUUGCGUGCUUAUGAAUAGUGUUUUUCGGGGGGUCUUAAGUUGUUGUUUUUUUUUUGCGGCGGAUGAACUUUGCCCCAUUUCUACGAGGGGUGGCCGUCAGACGUGUGCAAACAGGAGAAUGUCGGUUGCGUUCUUUGAAUGUACUCUUUCUUCUCUGCGUGGAUUCUUUCUGUUGCUGUACAUAAAUAUAUAGACAUAUCUAUUCUAUGGGCUGUGCUGAUGUCAGGGAGUAGAGGGGGUGGCCACACGAGCCCCCUUUAGAUUUCAGUCCUCGCCCCACCCCCCUCCACUAAAUAUGCCCCUGAUAUUUACUGUAACAUGUGAUCAUGUGUUAUAUGAUUGAAUGUGUGAUGGUGAUUGUGUGCCCCAGUCCUUCCUCGUACUUCACCCCCCCCCCUCCCCCCUCCUCUCUUUACACAGUCAUUGACUUCACCUCCUUUUGGAAUUAAUUCCGUCCAAUUUAUGGCUUCUCCCAUCCGUCCUUUGUGGGAUUUGAACGCGCGGCCUCUGAGCUCUUUGAUCAUGAGCCAGUGGGAGGAAGUGCUCGCUUCUGCUAAUGCUAGUCCACGGGCGUUUUACAGUUCGGGGGGAAUCUGUCAGCCGAUGGGGGGGAAGCAGAGUCGAGAUAACCAGCUCAGGGCGGACUCACACUAGGCUGUUCCAACCAGGCUUCAGGCCACUUGAAGCCCCAAGACCAGAACCUUUUUGAGGAUUAUUCAUCACACCCAAUACCUUAUAUGGAAAUCAACAUGGAAACUACUACAAAUUAUCCACAAGCGGGGGGAGCCCAUCCCCAUUCCCAUCCACAUCUUGCUCAGAAACGUGCAGCGUAUCUAUUAUGAGGAAUUCACUACUCCCAUUUUCCAGAUGUUCAUCAUAACUAGCAUCUUGCAAAACAAAAUUAACACAAGGACAAAUAGUCCCAGGCAAUCUCAGUACGUGUCAUGAUUAAUGCCAUGGCUACUCCCGUCAUCUUGCAAAAUAGAAAUCAACAGAAUGACUGGAAAUUAUCCACGCCGCGCUUGUUCGGACGCAAUUUUGGUGUCGUGAUUAAGGCAAAGAUUCCUUCAAACACCCCCAACCAGGUCUGCCUAUUUUGAAUCCACUGAUCAAAGACACCUGUUCAUCAUAACCGCCCCCCCCCCUAUGCCUUGCACAAUAGAAACCACCAAAGACGGAUGGAAAUAAUCCAUCGUCGGCAGAUAAUCGAACGUGUGUCACAACAAAUGCACCCGCUCCGCUUGCCAGUUACUCAUUACAACCACCACUUUGCCCAGUCAAAAUAAUCCACAAAGCGAAUGACUGGUUGGCCUAGUGUGAGUGCACCAUAGCGAUAUCUUCAAGAGGCUUCCCGGUGGCCGCAUGCUCAACUUCCCGUUCAGCAAAAUCCCACAUCAUUUCGCUCAAUUGGUUUCCUUUGGUCAAACAAAUCAGGGCUCCUCCCCCCCGUUGGCGUUUCCUAUACAGUACAAAGACUUCCAGUCGCAUCGUGACGUCCAAUAGCAUAACGGACGGGGCAGGAGAUGAACAACUGUCGGCGUCGUGCGCCGCCUCCGCCGAUGAUCUAUGCACUACCCUCAGUCACCACACGAUGUCACUCAUGCGCACACAUUAGCGAGACUGUUAGCAACUGAUACAAAAUGUACCCGUGUUGUUGUUUUUGUUUUGGGGGGGAAAAAAGGCCAAACGACAACUCCUGAUCAAAUAGUUUUUUUUUAAAUGAGAAACUCUGCGUUUGCGAGCCUAGCAUGGUGGUUCACGUAGCAGUCUUAAAUACAAAAGAAAAAGUACUUUAGAGUGUAAAUGUUGGUGCUUUUAGAGAGACGAAAAUGACUAUUAUUGUAGAGCAUAAGCAUUUAAAUGUUCUGUUUUCUGGCAGCGAAUCUGAGUCUCUUUUGAUUGGUUAGCAUUUGAUUGGCGUCGAAGGGAAGAUUUCUCAAUCUAGCCGCGUAUUCCAUGCAUGGCUUCGCACUGUUGGAUCGUUUUCCCAUUGCAGGUGGUAAAGCAGCUUUAAAAAAAAUAAAAAUAAAAAAUUCACCACUUGCAACCGCACCUGAAAUGCAAAUGUAACCAUUAACAAAACAUAACUUAGCAUAGAUGGAUGUUCACCCAAGCAUGUACAGUUUUAUGGCAGAAAGUCGAUUCAUCUAUUUUACACUGGUCAGCCUCCGACGGGUAUAUUUUAAAAGUAAAACAGCUUCAAUUGUUUUUUUUUAAACCACUUACGUAGCGUCUGAAGCCCUGAUUUCCAUGUUAUCCAUUAGCAUAGCAUAGCUGUAUAUUUUCACAUCUGCAGUAAGCAUAUUAUGACAGGAACUCUAUCAGUGAUAGUCUGUUUCCAUUGUCUAGCUUUUGAAUGUACUGUACAUAGACGUAGUAGAAAUGUAUGGAUGUUGGCUUCCUUACUGUUGUUUAGAUAUACGUCAUUUGAGGUGGUAAAACAGCUUUAAUUCUUUCGGGUUUUUUUCACCAAUUUCGUAGCCUCUUAAACCUUGAAAUCCAAAUGCUAGCCAUUAGCAUUGCAUCGAUUAAUAUUUUCGCAUCUGCUUUAAAUCAUCAGUAUUUCUUACCACUCACGAAAAGUGUCUAAAUGUCCCUUUUUAUGGCAAAGAAAUCCAGUCUGUUCUCAUUUUAUAGCCAUUGCUUCAUAUAAAAAUAAAGUGAGUGUGUAAUAUAUAUAUAUAUAUUCUUUUUUUUACUUUACAAUUCCGUUGUCAAAAUCUUACCCAUUAGCAUAUUUUCACAUCAGCCAAAUACACAAGUAUUUCAUAGAUUAUCAAUCAGUUGUUUUCAUUGUUUCGCCUCUGCCUGCUAAAAAAAAAAAAGUGAACCGAUGCCGUCUUUGUACUAUUUGUAAGCUAUAAUUCUUGUUUUGUUGGUUACCAAUUACGUAGCUUCUUCAGCACUGAAAUCCAAUUCUUAGCCAUGAGCAUAGCAUAGCAUAGCUGUACAUAUUCACAAAUUGUCGGUAAAGUUUUAUCCAUCGUACCCCUCACUAAAUAUAUACUUUGUGUCAGAAAAUGUAUUGGUUUGAUUUGCGUGGUUAGCCUUUGACUAGUCUUCAAGGGAGGGAAAAAAAAAUAAUCUUCCAGGGCUUAAGAGGGUAAAUCGCCAAUUCCUUUGAGGCGUUGCAGCAACCCUGCUGUUUGUUUACAUGGUAACGGCUGUACAUAAUGACAAUGACUGGUCUUCCACUCCUUUUGUAGCCACGUGCGAAAUGAGCUAGCAACGCUUGACGCGCACGACGACAAUGCGGCGGUUGUUCCUCUCCGCUCCACCAGGUGGCACCCCACCAGGUACCAUUCCCAAAAUGAUCGCCACCAAGCACCCCCAAAACCACCACCCAGUAUGUGUGCCCCCACACCCUGACCUGCACUUUGUACUCCUGCUGUUCUGUAUAUAUCCCCCACCCCACCUCAUCCUAUCACAAGAAAAAAAACUAACUUCCUCCUCCAAAAAUGUGUAUUUUGUUCAAAAAAACCCUGCAAAUUUAUUUAUAAGGAUUUUUUAAAGACUUUAUCGCUUUCUGCGUUUUGUAAAUGUUCAAGGAAAAAAAGAUGUUUUAAAAAUGUUAAAUGGCUAUACUGAAAGGUUGAAAAAAAAUGUCUCCUCCCUUCGUCCCUUCCCCCGUAUUUCUUCUUCUUGUGUUUUUGUUUCUUUCUCUUUCUGUAUGCUUCUCUUUCUGUGCUUCAGAUGAAGAGUUCUAUUUAUUAUGACAUUCACGUUAUCAUAAUUAUGAGUAAUUAUUAAUAUCAUCAUCAUCAUCAUGAAUAAACUUGUCUACUUCAA